CUUAUAUUGUCGGCCAUUGAUUUCCGUCAGGGACUUUAACAAGAAGCAGCUAGGUUAUUUUCCGGGGGUCACCUUUUCUAUUGAACAGAGCGGUUUUUCUUUUCGUAGAGUUGUGUGUACUUAUGACAGUCUGUUACCGUUAGGCUGCCUUGUCGCCUGCAGAUUGUGUCGACAUGUCACUCCUAUCGACAGACAUAUUGUUGUGACAGGGCGCUCCCAGCGCGAUAAAGAUAACUUCGCCUAAAUGUGGCUGUCACGAACAGAUAAUGAUGAAUAACCGCCAGGAACCCACAAUGUAAUAGACAUUAUCAUUUGUCGUUAGUGUUGGCUGGACACGAAGGAGGACAUUGACCUAACUGUGUUUUUAUGUUGGAAUUCGCUGGCCUCAUCGUAUGUGAAAUGUAACAUGCUCGUUCGCACUUUCUUGCUAUGUUUUGGUCAUUUGGUAGGUAGCUGGCAAGCCAACGGACUUGAGUUUGUUUUUAUUGUUUUUAUGUGUCUGAGUCGCUCACUAGCUGUCUUGCAGAAUGGGACUGUUGCUGUUGCAAUUGUCAAAAUGUCCAGGCGUGAAUAUUUUGAAGCGCGAGGUUCACUCCCGUGUACAAAAACUAUUUUGGUUAGAACGCCAGACGUCCAGGGGACAACGAAAGGGGCGAGAGGUGAGUGGGAAAAGGUUCGAACCUGUGGCACACUCUUCGCUUUUACACCCGAGGAGAUGCAACUCUCUUGUGCCCUGUGUACCACUUAAACAGUUCACCAUACCCCCCCAUUUGUUGAGGAGCUCAUGGACAACAACUGUAAACUUUGCCAACUACAGCUCUUCGACAGACUCAAAACAAGCAACACAACAAGCAACACAACAAGAAGUUGACAGCAAAGAUCUGCAGUCAACGGAAAUAAAACAAUCCCCAACUCGGAUACCCACUGAGGAUGUCAAAAGGAUUUUAGAACUUGCCCACCCUGAGCGCUUGCGACUGUCAGCGGCUGUGGGCUUCUUAAUGGUCUCCAGCGCUGUCACAAUGUCGGCUCCCUUCUUCCUGGGCCAAGUAAUUGACACCAUCUACACCAGCUCUUCAGAGGACUUCAGUGCCUCCCUCCGCUCUCUGUGUAUCAUGCUCUCAGGGGUAUUCCUUUGUGGGGGCGCUGCUAAUGCUGCCCGUGUCUACCUCAUGCAAAUCUCAGGGCAACAGAUUGUGAGAAAUCUACGUGUAUUCCUAUUCUCCUCGAUUCUGAGGCAGGAGGUGGGUUUCUUUGAUAAGACCCGUACCGGGGAACUCAUUAACCGCCUAUCUGCAGACACGGCACUCAUCGGCCGCUCCGUCACAGACAACCUUUCAGACGGGCUCCGCGCUGUCGCCCAGGCAACAGCUGGGGUCAGCAUGAUGUUUUACGUGUCACCAAGUUUAGCAGCUUUUGUGCUGCUGAUUGUGCCUCCUAUGGCUGGCCUAGCUGUCAUAUAUGGGAGAUACCUGCGCUCUAUAUCCAAACGUACACAGGACUCUCUGGCUGAUGCCACACAGUUGGCAGAAGAACGCAUCAGCAACAUGAGGACAGUUCGGGCGUUUGGUAAGGAGCUGACAGAGGUGGCCAAGUAUACGGAGAAGGCCAACUAUGUUCUCCACCUGGCCAAACAGGAAGCCGUUUUGAGGGCUGGCUUCUUUGGCGCGACUGGACUCAGUGGCAACAUCAUCAUCCUGUCAGUGCUGUAUAAGGGAGGGCUAUUGAUGGCCAGUGAACACAUGACUGUGGGAGAGCUCUCUUCCUUCCUCAUGUACGCCUUCUGGGUGGGCAUUAGCAUUGCAGGUAUGAGCUCGUUCUACUCUGAACUGAUGAAGGGCUUUGGCGCAGGGGCACGGCUUUGGGAGCUACUGGACAGGAAGCCCGAGUUCCCCCUCAAUGAGGGUAUUGUGCUGAGGCCGGAGCAGCUUAAGGGUCAACUGGAGUUCCAGAAUGUCUCCUUUGCCUACCCAACCCGCAAAGACGCCCCCAUCUUCCAGGACCUGAGUCUAUCUGUGCCUGCUGGCUCAGUCAUGGCCGUGGUAGGGCCCAGCGGAUCAGGCAAAUCCACUCUGGUCUCCCUGCUGCUCAGGCUCUACGACCCAGUUGCAGGUGUGAUCACUAUCGACGGGCAUGAUGUGAGAGAUUUGAAUCCUUAUUGGCUGAGGAGUCACAUUGGAACUGUUAGUCAGGAGCCUGUACUCUUCUCCUGUUCCAUCGCUGAGAACAUUGCCUAUGGAGCGCCCGACUCUGGCACGGUCACAAUUCAGGAAAUCCACCGGGCUGCACAGAUCGCCAACGCUUAUGAGUUUGUCCGAGGUUUCCCAAAAGGCUUUGACACUGUGGUGGGAGAGAAGGGUGUUCUACUGUCAGGUGGUCAGAAACAGAGAAUUGCUAUUGCAAGGGCUCUGCUUAAGAACCCCAAGAUACUUCUACUUGAUGAGGCUACAAGUGCCCUGGAUGCAGAGAAUGAGUUCCUGGUCCAGGAGGCUCUAGAGCGGCUCAUGGAUGGGCGCACAGUGCUGAUCAUCGCCCACCGCCUCUCCACCAUCCAGAACGCUGACACCGUGGCUGUGCUGGACCAGCGGCGUGUGGUAGAGUGUGGGCAGCAUGCACAGCUCCUGGGCAACCGCCAAGGCCUCUUCAGGAAGCUGAUGGAGAAACAAGCCUUCCUUCAAGAGGGGCAAAAGCAAGCGUUGCGUUGAAAAGAGCUGUGGUGGGGGAGGGGGCCUUAAAUGUAGAGAAACUGCCUUUGGCUGUGUGGUGACGUGCUAAUCACGCUGCGCUCUGCUACACUCCUCAGUCUGUCAGUGGUGUGUGUGAAUCAGUUUAAGCUAUUUGCAAGGGAGCAUUUGAAUAUCAACUGGAACAUGGAUGAUUUUAAUAUUGCAGAGCCAUCUCAUAGCGCUGACGGGGAUUCAUUUUGAGACAGCCAGUAGGUUUGGAUUCUCUUCUUUAGGACACCCAAUUUAUUGAGUAUCAUUAUUCAAGCUGCAAUAUGUAACUUUUUGGGUGACCUGACCAAAUUUGCAUAGAAAUGUUAUAGAUCAGUCACUCAUUGAAAGCAAGUCUAAGAAGGGGUAAAUCUGUUCUAUGUGCGCUAUUUCUAUGCUUCCUGUUAAGUUUCGUUUUUACGUCUUUUACUUUCGGUUUUGUACACCAGCUUCAAAAAGCUGGAAAUAUAUCUUUGAUUCUGAAAAAUAUAUUUCACAGUGGUUUAGAUGGUAUAAUGAUUCUCUACACUGUGCUUCCUAGUUUUUUCACACAAACUGAAAUUAGGCAAACUAUCAGUUUCAGCUACCAGGAAAUGGUGGCGCGAGUUCUGCAUAUUGCAUCUUUGAGGUUAGGAUAUGCAGAAAAUAUGAAUGACACAAACUUUGAAGUGCGGCCUAUAUCAAGUAAAUAUUAUAAAUGAGUCACUAUGCCUUUUCAAGAAAGCAAAAGCUGUCUUUUGUUUUAAAUAACUACUUACCAGACUGAGAAAAUAUACACUGUGGCAAGUUUCUUAGGUACGCCAACCCAUUCACAAAAUUGGGUCAUGCCUUUAGAUGGUGAGUCACGUGGCUGGCUAUAUAAAGCAGAUGGACGGUCAUCGAGGCAUUCAGUUAUUGUUCGAUUGAAGGUUAGAAUGGGUGAAAAGAUUGACCUAAGCGACUUUGAGCAUGGUUUGAUCGUCGCUGCCAGGCAUGCUGGUUCCAGUAUCUUAGAAACGGUCACUAAUGGCGCUCAACGACAUUUUGGAACGCACAACUCAUCCGUCCUUGUUACGGAUGGGCUAUUGCAGCAGACGAGCACACGGGGUUCCACUCCUAUCAGCUAAAAACAAGAAGCAGCUCCAGUGGACACGCAAUCACCAACACUGGACAAUUGAGGAGUAAAAAAAAAACAUUGCCUGGUCUGAUGAAUCUUGAUUCCUGUUGUGUCAUGCCAGAGUCAGGAUUUGGCGUAAGCAACGUGAGUCCAUGGCCCAUCCUGCCUGGUGUCAACAGUAGAGGAUGAUGGGGAAUGUUAGGUCCAUUGAUAACGAUUGAGCACUGUUUCCAUGCCCUGAAGAAUUCAGACUGUUCUGGAGGCAAAGGGGUGUCUGACUAGGAACCAGAUGGGUGUACCUAAUUAACUAGCCACAGUGUCCAUUUAUUUGUUACAAGUUAUCCAAAACGUGAAGCUAGCAUUGUCAAUUAUGUAGGCAUAUUUCAAAAAGAAUGGCAAACAUACAGAGCACUGAUAUACAAGCAACAUUGACAUAAAUGUGGAUGAUAAUCAAAUAUCUUACAUUGUAGUUGAUAAAGCAAACAAACCACCACUGAUCAGUUAUGAAAAUGAUGUGCAUAUCCAUUCAAAUGUUCUGAUAUUUCACCACUGGCUAUUAUUUCAUUGAUGGAUAGUAUGCUGGAUAUUUGAUUUACAUAAAAUACUAUCACAAAAUUAAUCUUCAAAUAUGCUUUUGGGUCAUCCAUUGGUACCAAUUGUACAUUUCUGAACAAUCUAACAUUCAAUAGGUAGAAUUUGACCAAAUCCAUGUUAUCUUGAUAGUAUGACUGAAAGACCUUACAGACUUUUUAGUAUUUGGAUUUAGAGUUCAGCACCAUCCUUUAUACUAAUGGGAUAUGUAGAUCUUUAAAAUGUGGCAUUAUAAGCUCACAGUAUCAAAUAACAUUUAUUUUCUUAUCUGACACUGAUGAAUACAUUUUUCUCACUUACCUGUGACACUGGAUGUACUGUGUCUGGAUUGUACUGCAAAGAAACAUUCACUGCUCUGUUUUUUGCCAUUGUACUCCUCACAUUUUAAUCUUGGAUUCAGUAGUCACCCUUGUGCAAUAGAAAAGCAAGAACAAGAAUGGUAGGGAGAUUUUAAUUAACUUUGAGCUUCAACCAAUGCCAUACCAAUGUUCCAUACCAAUGUAAGUCCUAUAUAAAUGUCCUCUACAGAAGGCUCCUGGGUAAAAUCAGUAUGUUGUAAUAAUGUAUUCAAAUAUGAUAUUUUAAUGAUUUUGUGUGCUAAAUUAUUAGGCCUUUGUGAAAAAUAAAAGAUCGUAUUAAUA